AUGUAUGGCAUUGAAUUAAUGAUUAUUAUAAUUGCCACGUGUGGAUCUGCUUUGGCUGGAAAUGGGUACGCGAUCAGUGUUCAAGCAGUUAUUAUUACAUGGCGAUUCAUUCUUGGAAUUGGUGUGGGGGGUGAUUACCCCUUAUCUGCGGUAAUCACUAGUGAAUUUGCCACCACUAAACGUCGAGGUGCUAUGAUGGGAGCUGUAUUCGCUAUGCAGGGAUUCGGUAUUCUGUCCUCUGCCAUUAUAUCAAUCAUCGUUUUAGCAGCGUUCAAGUCAUCAAUCGAUGGAAAUGUACAAAAUGUUGAUUAUUGUUGGCGUAUUGUGCUUGGCCUGGGUGCCGUGCCCGGCCUCGUUGCUCUUUAUUUCCGGUUAACCAUACCCGAAACACCAAGAUAUACUAUGGAUAUCGAAAGAAACAUUGAACAAGCAGCACAAGAUAUUACGAAUGUGUUGGCAACUGGUACUUAUGAAGAACGUAAUGCUGAUGAACCUGUUGUUCGUGUCGAAGCUCCAGAACAUGGUUGGGAGGAUUUCAAAAAUUAUUUCGGUAAAUGGGAAAAUGGAAAGGUUUUGCUUGGCACGAGCAGUACUUGGUUCAUGUUAGAUGUCGCCUUUUAUGGCAUUGGUCUCAAUAAUAGUAUUAUCUUAAACGCAAUCGGGUAUGCAAGUAGUAAAGAUCCAUUUACGACUCUUUGGAAUGUCUCCGUUGGAAAUAUUAUUAUUACUCUGUUGGGAACCAUCCCUGGUUAUUGGUUCUCCGUUGCUUUCGUUGAUUCAUGGGGUAGAAAACCGAUUCAACUUAUGGGCUUUGCACUCUUAACGAUCAUCUUCAUUAUCUGGGGUUUCGCCUAUGACACAAUCAGUAAACACAACGUUGGCAGUAUUGUUAUAUUUACGCUUGCACAGUUCUUCCAAAAUUUCGGUCCAAAUGCAACAACAUUUAUUGUUCCAGGAGAAGUUUUCCCCACCCGAUAUCGAUCUACAGGCCAUGGUAUUUCUGCGGCAUCGGGCAAACUGGGUGCAAUUCUUGCACAAGUACUAGUCUUUGAAGUGAAAGAUAUAGGCGGAAAAAAUGCUUUCGUUGGCAAUCUAAUCAAAAUUUUCGCAAUUUUCAUGUUUGUCGGUUUCCUUUGCACCUUUUUAAUACCCGAAACGAAAGGACAAAGUUUGGAAGAAUUAUCUAAGGAAAAUCAGCAAGGAUUCGUUAGAUCCUCCAAAAAAAGGGAGGAAAACCACUAA